ACAUAUCCAUGAAUAUACACGUAUCUCUAAGUUAGUACAUGCGUAUAUACUAACAUGUGUAUGUACACAUAUCUAUAAGUAUACUAACCUGUGUGUGUACGUGUAUCUAUAAGCAUUCAUAUACAUGCAUAUCCAUGUAUAUACACGUAUCUAUAUGUAUGUGUAUACUCAUACACACACAUCUCCAUGUAUGUACAUGUGUCUAUAUGUGUAUACUAGUAUGUGUAUACUAACCCACCUGUAUACACAUAUCUAUAAGUAUACUAACCUGUGUAUAUACGUGUAUCUAUAAGCAUUUAUAUACGCAUAUCCAUGUAUAUACACGUAUCUAUAGGUUAGUAUAUGUGUGUAUACUAACCGGUGUGUAUACACGUAUCUAUGUGUAUACUCAUAUACACACAUAGCCACGAAUAUACACAUAUCUACAAGUUGGUACACAUGUGUAUACUCACUCGUGUACAGACACCUCUCUAACAAGUACUUCCAUAUGUAAUGGGUGUACCUGUAUUCGCUGAACCAUGAACUCACACUGUCUCCCACUCUGGCCCAUCACCACGUGGGUCACUCCUGCCUCCUCCCUUCGGUUUUCUGUAGCUCCGGCUCCAACAGUGAGAAACCUGCCUUUCACCAUCGCCCUCCACUUACUUAAUUGUUCAGAUUCCCGCUGUUCAACACACAUAUAGGAGUAGAAGUAUCAGUGAGCCCUGCCCCUGGGGGGACCACGUGAUCAGCCGGAGCCCAGCACAUGCGAGUGGUUCCUCCAGACCCCGCUCAUCGCCACGGCUGCCGAGGCUGGCCCCUCAUCCCUCCCGCUUCAGCGAGGUUGAUGCACACGUUUGUAAGGCAAUGCACUGUUGGGCACACCUGCGUCUGUCUUGGGAUGCCCUAUCCCACUAAGUGUUUUUAUUUGCACACAUUAAGGCUCGAGCUUUGUACUGUCAAGUUCAAUGUCUCUGACCAGUGGGUGGUGUCAUGUACCCACUGUCACAGUGUCACACGGAAGUUUCCCCAGCCUGAACAAUCCCCGGUGCUUCCCCUCCUCGGCCCCCGCUGUGAGUGUAUCUUCCCACAGCUUCUUUUUAAGAGUGCAGCAGACAUGAGGGCGUCCCAUGCCCUGGACGACACGGAAGGUGGCACAGCACGCAGAUCCCUCUGCGUCUUGCUGUUUCCCCCUCACUGUGUCUCAGGGAUCUCUCCCUGUCGGCACUCGGGGACGUCCUUGCUCUUUGUCACAGCUGCGUGCCAUUUGGCCCACGCCUGGACUGUGAUGGAUUUGACACCUGGGUGACUUCCGAGGUGUUGCUGAUACAGAGCCUGUCCGCGCCCUUGUGGCCCUGCCGUCUUAGAUGGGGGCCAUCUCCGCACAGGCCCAGCCGGGCGUGCCCAGUCCUUGGUGCUGAGGACACUGCCAGUCAUGGAGGACCCAGCAGAGGUGGCCACAGAGAAGCCAGCCCUGAACGGGAGGGGGCCUGGAGGGCCCUUGGGACGCAGUGGCAGUGGCGACAAGGUCCGGAGAGUGGCCGUGAGCUCGUCAGUCGGCUGGGAGCAAGCAGGGCCUAAGGAAGCCAAGGCCCUGGUCAGAGGCGAUGUGGCUCCUCCCCCUGGUGUCUCUCCGCCGGCAGCCGGGACCCCUCCUGGCCGGAUAGGAGCGUACCCCACAGACCUGACCUUGCAGCUGCUGGCUGUGCGGAGGAAGAGCGGGCUGCCAGACUGCGGCCUGCAGCAGGCCCUGCGGGGCCGGCUCCGCCUGCUGGAGAAUGACAGCCGGGAGGUGGCCCACGUCCUCGGGGAGUUAUCGGCCAGGCUGCUGUCCAUCCACAGUGACCAGGAUCGGAUUGUGGUGACAUUUAAGACUUUUGAAGAAAUCUGGAAGUUUUCCACCUACCACGCUCUUGGUUUCACACAUCACUGCCUGGAAAACCUGCUGGUGGACCAGGCCUUCUGGCUGCUCUCACCCGACGAGGACGAGGAGACGGCCGUCAGCGUCCACGUGGACGAGGAGGCCUUGACGCGGACGCACAAGAGCCUCCUCCUCCAGGAAGGGCCUUUCUUUGUCCUGUGUGCUGACCACCAUGUGAGAGCAACAACUGGCCCCCAGGAUGCAGGGAGGGGCCCCCGGCCCCCCAGGCGGGCUUCAGGGGGUCCCCAGGGAGAGGCGGCCCCAGCAGUGGGCUCUACGGCCCUCAGUCCCAGCACAUCCCCCGAGGAGGUGGCGGCGAUGGUGGCAGCUCCAGAACCUCUGAUUCCGUUUCAUCAGUGGGCUCUUAGGGUCCCCUGGGACCCGGUUGAUGACUCCAUGGAUGGGCCUGUGACACCAGACAUCCAGCUGAUGGCCAUGGGCCUGGCCUCGGCGGUGGCCGACUGCCAGGGCUCGGGGCCCGAAGAGAUGACCUUCCGCAGCGGCGACCUCAUCGAGAUCCUCGGCGCCCAGGUGCCUGGCCUGCCCUGGUGCGUGGGCCGGCACGCGGCCUCGGGCGAGGUCGGGUUUGUGCGGACGAGUCUCGUCAGUGUGCAGGGCCAAGUGUCUGAGUUGGAAAAUGCGAUCUUUCUCAGCGAGGAGGAGAGGUCGUUCUUCAGCAACGAAGACCACUUUUCUGAGGAGGAGGCCAGGCAGCUACUGAGGAGGACGUCCAGCACCGACGUCUGCUCGGUGUACAGCCUGGACCGAUUGGAAGAAGCUGAGUUUGAGCAGCCAGAAGAACACGAAAUGCCUCUGCCUUGCCUGAACCCAGAGCCACGUGAGACCCUGCAGAAGGUGAAGAAUGUUUUAGAACAAUGCAAGUCCUGCCAGGGCUGCCCCAAGGAGCCAGAGUUCUGGGGUCUCCACACGGCAUCCUGUGGUAGGAGCUCGCCGGACACUGAGGAGCCCUCUUUCCACCUGGACGCCGGGGAGGACUGGGCCGACAUGGAGGCCCUGGGCUCCCUGCUGCUGUUCCUGGACGCACCUGAGCACAAGGCCUGCUUCCGUGGCCUGUAUGACCUCUCCCUGCCGGGCCUGAGCAGCAUGUUCUGCGGCUGCACCGACGAGGAGGUGCUGGCUGGGCUCCUGGCGCAGGCCCGGGGGGCAGCCAAGAAGGCUGGCCUCUCCAUGGCCCUCGCCAGGCUCUGCUUCCUCCUGGGGCGGCUGUGCGUGCGGAAGGUCAAGCUGUCCCAGGCCCGGGUGUACUUCGAGGAAGCCCUGGGGGCCCUGGGGGGCCGCUUCGGCGACCUCUUCCUGGUGGUGGCCGUGUAUGCCAACCUGGCCACCGUCCACCUAAAGCAGAAGAACAGGGAGAAGUGCGCACAGCUGGUGCCCAAAGCUUCGGCCCUGCUCCUGGGGACGCCCAGCCCCGUCUGCAGCACCGAGGCCGAGGCCGAGCUCCUGAGACACGCUCUGCGCAGGGCCAUCCGCUGCCAGAGCCCACAGGCCGAGGCCCGGGCCUGCUUCCUGCUGGCCAGGCACCACGCCCGCCUCAAGCAGCCCGAGGAGGCCCUGCCCUUCCUGGAGAGGCUGCUGCUUUUGCACGAGGCCUUGGGGUCCCCGGACGCCUCGUGGCCCGCGGACUGCUACCUGCUCCUGGCGGACGUCUACAGCCGGAAGUGCCUGCCACACCUGGCGCUGAGCUGCGUCAAGGUGGCCUCGCUGCGAGCUCGGGGCUCGCUGGGCAGCUGGCUCAGGAGCGUGGACCUGGUCCUGCGGAACACCCCCCAACACCCCCGCCUCCCCUCCCAGAUCGCCCACUACCUCCGGCGGGCGCUGGCCUCCCGGGCCUCGGGCCCGGGGCGUGUGCUGCGCGGCCCCCUCUGUGCCAGCCUGGCCCAGCUGCACAGCCACCACGGGCAGCACGUCAGGGCCAUCUCCCUCAUGACACAGGCGGCAGAAGCCGACGCUGAGACCGGCGGCUGCCUGGUCGUGGACCGCCUGGUGGCCCUCGCCUGGUUGCACGUGCUUCAGGGGCAGAGCUCGGUGGCCCUGGACAUCCUGGAGUCUGUCCUGGACGCGGCAGUGGCCAGCGAGGACCAGCAGGGCGUGAUCACCAACAUGGCGGCCAUCGCCCUAAAGAGGACGGGCAGGACCCGGCAGGCGGCCGAGGGCUACUACCGUGCCCUGCGCGCGGCCCGGGCCCUGGGCCAGCUGCGGAACCAGGCAGUGGUCCUGGCCAACUUCGGGGCUCUGUGCCUGCACGCUGGCGCCCGCGGGCUGGCCCAGCACUACCUCCUAGAGGCCGUGAAGCUCUUCUCACAGCUGCCCUGCGGGGAGUGUGGCCGGGACUUCAGCCGGGUGCUCCUGCGGCUCGGCCACCUGUGCACCCUCGGGGCCCUCGCCCGCCAGGGCAAGUGCUACUAUGAGUGGGCCUUUCUGGUUGCCAUGGAGACGGACCACCUGGAGAGCCAGCUGCUUGCCGUCCAGCGGCUGUGUCACUUCUACAGUACAGUCAUGCCCAAUGAGGCCCAAUGUGUCGUCUACCUCGAGUUCCAGCUCUCACUGGCCCGCAGGGCGGCCAACAAGGCACUGGAGGGGCAGCUCCUGGAAACCAUCAGCCGGCUCUACCUGACCCUGGGCACCGAGCGGGCCUACAAAUCCGCGCUCGACUACACCAAGCGCAGCCUGGGGGUCUUCAUCGACCUGCAGAAGAAGGAGGAGGAGGCACGCGCCUGGCUGCAGGCAGGGAAAAUCUACUACAUCCUCCAGCAGAACGAGCUGGUGGACCUGUACAUCCAGGUGGCACAGAACGCAGCCCUGUACACGGGGGACCCCAACCUGGGGCUGGAGCUGUUCGAGGCGGCCGGAGACAUCUUCUUCAACGGGAGCUGGGAGCGAGAGAAAGCCGUGUCCUUCUACCGGGACCGGGCACUGCCGCUGGCCGUGACCACAGGGAACCAGGAGGCAGAGCUGCGGCUGUGCAACAAGCUGGUGGCGCUGCUGGCCGAGCUGGAGGAGCCUCGGGAGGGCCUGGAGUUCGCCCACGUGGCCCUGGCGCUCAGCAUCUCCCUGGGGGACCGGCUGAACGAGCGAGUGGCCUACCACCGGCUGGCCACCCUGCACCACCGGCUGGGCCAUGGCGAGCUGGCUGAGCACUUCUACCUCAAGGCCCUGUCGCUCUGCACCUCGCCGCUGGAGUUCGACGAAGAGACGCUAUACUACGUGAAGGUGUACCUGGUGCUUGGAGACAUCAUCUUCUACGACCUGAAGGACCCGUUUGACGCGGCCGGGUACUACCAGCUGGCGCUGGCGGCGGCCGUGGACCUGGGCAACAAGAAGGCGCAGAUGAAGAUCUACUCGCGCCUGGCCACCAUCUACCACAACUUCCUCCGCGACCGCGAGAAGUCCCUCUUCUUCUACCAGAAGGCCAGAACCUUCGCUACUGAGCUCAACAUCCGCAGGAUCAACCUGGCCCCUGAGCAGGGCUGCGGGCGGGCGCCCUGGCUGGCCCCCGGCCACCCGCCCUGAGGGCCCUGUCCAGGGAGUGGGUUCCCGUCUGUCCCGGUGUCUCUGGGUGGCUCACUUUCUGGAAGUGGAGGCACAGAGUAGGGGUCAAAUAGCAAUAAAUGUCUUUGCAGUAACCUGGAGCCUGCAAGGCCCCUUCCCUGGUCUGCCUCCUGGGGAGUGUCCAGGCCCUGUGUCCAGGCCCCGGGGCCCGCCCUGCUGCCGCACCCCGUCCUCAGGCAUGAGCGGGAAGGCAGUGAGCCCAGCAGACCCAGGCCAGGUCCCCCUGCUGGCCACUCACCGUGUGGCCUCGGGCAAGUCAGUCCCCUCAAUGCCCAGUCUCUUGCCUGGCAGCAGGAGUCGGUCGUGCAAUUCCCUGGGCAUCAGCUCCCGUCCCCGAGCCUAUGUGUCCAGCCCUGGGCUCUGCCUUCAACCCUCAAACCGCCCUGCGAGGUUGGGACUGUUUCAUCCCUGUUUAUGGCUGGAGAAACAGAGACACAGAGAGGCUAGAUGCCUUGCCCAGGGUCACACAGCAGGUAGGUGGGGGCAGAGUUCCAAGGCCCAGUGCAGUGACCAUCACACCACCCUGCCAGCCUGCCUGGAGGGCUGUGUCCCCAUUAGCACCCAAGGGUGGGUCCUGGAAGAAGGUGCCAGCCCGUCAUUGUCCUGUCCCUCUCCACCGCUUGUCUGUGUCAAGAAAGCCACAGAGACGGGAAGGUAGCUCAAGUGUCCCCCCACCUGGGGGUCCUUGGGCCCAGCCUGGCUGGUCCCACUCCCAGCCCCUGGUCAGCCCUCAGGAAGCCCCUUGUGGAGUCCACUGCCGAGUGUGUUUAAAGCUUGUCUGGUCCGCCUGCCCCAGCCCUGCCCCCUCCCUCCCCACCCCGCUCCCGGCAACGAGCUAGGGCCCGAAUCCCGGGCCCUCCAAGGUGGGAAUCGGUCCUCUCCCCGAUUUACAGGUAGAGAAGCCAAGGCGCAGAGAAGCCGUGGGCAUCCCGGGUGGUCCUCACCCACAUGGCACUAUUCCGAGCUUCUCCUCUUCUUUAAUUUAUUUUGUUAAUGAAUUGAAAUUCACAUAACAUAAAACUAAUCAUUUAAAGCGCA